UUUCUCUCCGCCACCAUCGGCAUAAAAGCACGCCGCUUCUCUUCCCCAUCCCAUACCACCAAUCACCUUCCCCUGCCCGCCAUGUCGAAGCAAGAACUCCGCGAAAAAUUCAACGAUGUCUACAAGCUUAUUCGCGAGGAGCUUGUUGCGCACAUCCGCGCGCAGGGCAUGCCCGAGGACGCGGUGGAGUGGUACGCGCGGAACCUGGACUACAACACGCCGGGGGGCAAGCUCAAUCGCGGGCUGAGCGUCGUCGAUUCGACGAAGAUCCUGCUCGGCGACAAGUUCACGGAGGAGCACUACAAGCAGGCGGCGAUCCUGGGAUGGUGCGUCGAGCUCCUGCAGGCGUUCUUCCUCGUGUCGGACGACAUCAUGGACUCGUCGAUCACGCGGCGCGGGCAGCCGUGCUGGUACCGCACGCCGAACGUGGGGAUGAUUGCGAUCAACGAUGCGUUCAUGCUCGAGGCGGCGAUCUACCACUUGUUGAAGGUACACUUCAAGUCGCAGGCGUACUAUGUCGAGCUACUCGAGCUCUUCCACGAGACGACGCACCAGACGGAGAUGGGCCAGCUCAUCGACCUGAUCACCGCGCCCGAGGAUCACGUCGACCUCAACCGGUUCUCCCUGAAGAAGCACGCGCUCAUCGUCCAGUACAAGACUUCCUACUACUCUUUCUACCUCCCCGUCGCGCUCGCAUUCCACCUCUGCGGUAUCACGUCGCCCAAAGCGUUCGAGACCGCGCUCGAGAUCCUCCUCCCCCUCGGCGAGUACUUCCAGAUCCAGGACGACUACCUCGACUACCACGCGCCGCCUGAGGUGCUCGGCAAGGUCGGUACCGACAUCCUCGACAACAAGUGCUCGUGGUGCAUCAACAAGGCGCUCGAGAUUGCCACGCCCGCGCAGCGCGCGAUUCUGGACGCGAACUACGGGCGGAAGGACGCCGAAUGCGAGCGCAAGGUCAAGGCGGUGUACGAGGAGAUCGGGCUGCCAAAGAUCUACCAGCAGUACGAGGCGGACGUGACGAGCAAGAUCAGGAAGGCCAUUGAUGGGAUUGACGAGCGCACGCAGGGCAAGAAGGAGGUGUACCUCAGCUUCUUGUCGAAGAUUGAGGGCCGGACGAAGUAGUCGGACCUCUGGUGGCGUGGAUUCGGAUCUGUUGGGAAGCUAGCUAAUGAUAAUCUACUCACGAAUAUAGACAGGAUAGUAUUCUGACUGUGUAUCCUUGGCACUCUUGCUCUUCAAAUCGCGUACCGGUCGAGUUCGCUGAAGUUCAUUAGAAUUCAAAGAAGAGAUCUCCCCCAAUUGGGGGGUUGAGUCCA